AUGAACGACACAACAUCCAUACCCGGCACGACCUGCGCCUCCGGGCCGAUGUACCAGUACCGGUACUUUGCCAAGCCCAGACCUAUCUCGACAGUCUGCUGGCCUGGUAUCGGCGACUUCGUCGUGCUCUCGAUCGAUCCUGUAGCCUCAGUCGGACAUCUGGACAAGAUCGCUAAACGGGCGGCUCGCAAGGUGCCGGUGCGCAAAUUCGUGGCCUUGACAACCUCCGGAUAUGGCCUGCCCCUCAAGUCGAAGCCGUACACGGCAUUCCUCCUUGCCUUCGUUCGUCAAGGGCUCCCGACGCUGGACAACCCUCCGUGGGACACAUCUGACAUGUGCUACCCCAUAUUCCCCAAUACGUAUCACCCGAAGGCUCGCGGCGCUGUGCGGCCGUCCCACCCAUUUCCCCUACAAAACUGUUACUUCGAGACGACUCGACCUUUUUUGACGUAUUACAAUCUGCGGUGUCGGGUGACGACGACCCCACGCGACUAUACCCCCGUUCUGCCGAUGCCCUCUUCUGAACUCUCUCGUUUGGAACGGUUGAUGGAUCAGGAGGUUCACUACCGCGCCGAAAUUCGCUGUCAGCUUGCGCAGGGUGAUCUCUCUGCAGUCGCGUCUAUACCCCUUCCUCCAUCGCCAUCCUCUGCCUAUGGGACUCUUCCACCAUCAUUUCCGCCGACUUCGUCGAGCCUCGACGGACAGUCUUCAGACGAAAGCUCAGGCGAUGAGGAGUCAGAGGACUGCGUCGUAUCGCCCACUUCCGAGGCAGAUGAUGUGUCCAUCAUCCGCAGUGAAGACUCGUCCGGCUCCUUCGCAGACGAAGGGAGCGAGAUGGAUGAAUUGCCGACGGAUUACGAUGCCGUUGAUGCCCAACUCGAUUUGAUGUUGAGGUUCGAGGACUUCAUGAACGACACGGGAGAUCUUCGGGAUCCUGUCGUGAACGUCUGGUACGAUCUUGACAUGGUCACUGAGGUGACCGAUCCCAUGCUCUUCAUCGAAGCGCGCAAGCAGCUGCUCCAGAUUAUCGACGAGGCGGAGAUUCGUCUUGGUAUUAGGACCGGCACUUCGGAACCCUCAGCGCAGAGUGAUAGGGGUUCCAUGAACACACUGCCCAGUCCUGCGGUUCUCUCCGCGGAGUCGUUGUCACUCCCUCGACCAAGGGAGGGCUUUAAACCUCGUCCUUCGAGGUGGAUGCGCUUACGCGGCGUCACGCGGAAGCUGGUGUCCGCAUUGUUACAGUUGCACCGUGUCCAAGAGCUGGGGAGAUUAACCUCCCGUUUCGCUUCGAGUAGGACGUAG